AGGGCCGCAGAGUCACACAGCACGUGACACGACACUCGCACAGUCACGCUCUCACGCGGCACUCGGCAGUCGCGGAUCCCCGAAAGCCGAAGCCAAACCACCCACCGAGCUCCGCCGCCGCCCGCCGACGGCCUCGCUCGCGAUGGCCGCCGCAUCCGCAUCCGCCUCCCUCUCCCACCUCCUCCUAGCGCCCAGACGCAGAACGCAUCCAAACCCUUCGCAUCACUCCUCCCGCCCCAUCACCACCGCGCUGCCCCGCCGCAGGCUCCCCGCCCCCGCGAUCUCGGCCGCGGCUUCCGACCUCCUCUCCCCCGCGCCCUCCCUCAAGUCCCGCCUCGCCUCCGGGGACACCCUCUACGGCCUCUUCCUCCUGUCCUUCUCGCCCACCCUCGCCGAGCUCGCCGCCCUCGCCGGCUACGACUACGUCGUCGUCGACAUGGAGCACGGGCCGGGCGGGAUCCCCGAGGCGCUCGCCUGCCUCCGCGCGCUCGACGCCGCGCGGACCCCCGCCGUGCUCCGCCUCCCGGAGGCCAGCGCCGUCUGGGCCAAGAAGGCGCUCGACCUCGGCCCUGCGGGCCUCAUGCUCCCCGCCGUCGAGUCCCCCGCCGCCGCCGCCGAGGCGGUCUCCCACUGCCGCUACCCGCCGCGCGGCGUCCGCGGCGCCGCGCACCCCAUCGUCCGCGCCUCAGCCUACGGCCUCGACGACUCCUACCUCUCCCGCUGCGAGGACGACACGCUCAUCAUCUGCCAGGUCGAGACCGCCGCCGGGAUCGCGGAGGUCGAGGCUAUCGCCGCCGUCGACGGCGUGGACGUUGUGCAGAUGGGCCCGCUCGACCUGUCCGCCAGCAUGGGCUAUCUCUGGGAUCCCGGUAACAGGAAGGUGCGGGCGGCGCUGAGGGAGGCUGAGAGGAAGGUGCUAGAGGCCAGGAAGAAGAAGGUGGCGGCGGCCGCGGGUGGCAAUGCUGCUUACUUGGGCGGAUUUGCAAUGCAGAAUGACCCACCUGAGCAGCUCAAGCUCAGGGGUUACCAUAUGGUGGCUGGUGCUGUCGACAUUGGGAUGUUCCGGAAGGCGGCAUUGGAUGAUGUCAAGCGGUUCCGGGAGGCAGUGAUGGAGAUCGGGGAGGAGGAUGAUGAGGAGGAAGAGAAGGGAGAGAAGGAAAAUGAUGGGUACUGGAGUGAGUGAGCAGAGCAGAGCAAAGCUGAGCUGAAGGCAUGGCAGGAUGCUUACUCUAAAAAGCGUGGCAGGAAACUCGUUAUGGUGUUUUUAUCUGGUGAUGUUAUUUCUGUUCUGAAUUGAGGGUUUAAGCGAUCUUAGGGAGCAUCGGCAUCUGCGGAUUUAGAUGUAGUUUUCUUUAGUUCUUCAUUUGAAUUUCAGGCGAACUGUCUGUUUGGGCAUCCUAGUAUUCCCAUUUGUAGGAUGGAACUUGGAACUGGUGGCUACCAAUAAACAGCUGAAUUUUGCAGAAAUGCUGCUGCCUUUUUUGUUC